CGGCGAGGCCGCGAGGCGGUGGGGGCGCGGCGCGCAGCUGGCGGGGGUGACCCGCCCGCCCCAGUGCCCGCACAGUCCCGGCGGUGGCGGCGGGGACGUGGCCUCAGCCUCAGCGCGUUGCCGGGCCCGGUAGCGGGGCGGAGAGCGGAAGCCGAGCGGCUCCGCGGCCCAUGGGAGCGAGCGGCGCGGCGUGAGCCGGCCGCCGCGGGUGGGCAGGGGGCAGGCAGGGGUGUGGUGGAUCGGCCGGCGGGGGUGCCCCGUUGCUUGCGGCCGCCAUGGAGGUGUGCGAGAGCGGCGGGGAGCAGCCGCCGCUGCUGCACUGGGACCGCAAGCUGAGCGAGCUGUGCGAGCCCGCCGACCCUGACACCCUGCUGUGCCAAACGCACUUCACAGAGUUCCUGGAUGAGUUUUCACCAGAUGUCUUAGGCCAGCUCUUGAAUGAUCCCUUCUUGUCUGAGAAGAAUGAAAUAAUGGAGGUGGAACUGUCUCCAGCAUCCCCAGCGCCCCUCAUCCAGGCAGAACACAGCUACUCCCUCUGCGGGGACUCUCGACCCCAGUCUCCCUUGACCCACAUCUCGACUGACGACAACUUUAAUGAAGGUGACCUGGAAAAUGAGGAAUGGUGUCUGGCUACAGAGCUGAGUCCAGCAGCAAUAAAGACUGAGCCAGUGUUGUGUGAGACAUCAGGCCUUGCUCCCUCAGUCAGUCUCACUGUCACAACCAUGUCGCUGGAGGGGGAACAAGCUGAGCUACAGACGGAUGCCCUGAUGAAACCACUGAGCCAGAAAGUUCUUCCAGAGAUUAAAUUGGAGCCCCAUGAAGUGGAUCAGUUCCUGAACCUCUCUUCUAAGGAAGUGGAUCCCCUGCAUUUACCUCCAACCCCUCCUAGCAGCCAUGGGAGUGACUCUGAAGGAGGGCAGAGCCCAGCUAGAUCGCUCCCUCCUUCAAGCCCAAUCCAGCUACAAGCCACAGCUAAAGUGACAUCGCGCACAGCUUCAGCGCUCUCCAAUUCCCCUCUCCUGACUGCACCGCAUAAAUUACAGGGGACCGGCCCACUCAUCCUGACAGAGGAGGAGAAGAGGACGCUGAUAGCAGAGGGGUACCCAAUCCCUACCAAACUGCCCCUGACAAAAGCAGAGGAGAAAGUGCUGAAGAAAAUCCGCAGGAAAAUAAAGAACAAGAUCUCUGCCCAGGAAAGUAGAAGAAAAAAGAAAGAAUACAUGGACAGUCUGGAAAAAAAAGUUGAGACUUGCUCAAAUGAAAAUAGUGAGCUGCGUAAGAAGGUUGAAGUUCUGGAGAAUACUAACAGAACACUUCUGCAGCAGUUGCAGAGACUCCAAGCCAUGGUUGCUGGGAAAGUGUCCCGUUCAUGUAAGGCAGCUAGCACACAGACAGGGACCUGUCUUAUGAUGGUGGUGCUGUGCUUUGCAGUCGUUUUUGGCAGCUUCUCUCAGAGCUAUGGGCCAUAUCCUUCUGCUACAAAGAUGGUGUUGCCCAGGCAGCAUUCCUCGCCAGAGUCCUACACAGACUCCAUUGUGAGGUCAAGGAGUCUGCUAAUUUAUGAAGAGCCUCACCAACUGGAGGAGUCGUCAAGUCCCAUCUCCUUUGCAGAUCGCAAUGACAGGCAAGCAGACACCUCCAAGUACGCAGCGCUGUCCCUGGAAGCCAUGCCAGGGACACAGCAGGAUGAUAUCAUGCAGUUCACAAUAGCCAACGAGACGAGGCUGGAGAAAUCGGUGCUGCUGGGCUUGCAGCAGCACAGAGUCAACUCCGAACUAGAAGGAAAUGAAACACUGAAGAUAAUUGAAAUAGAUAGAAGAGUCAAUGCCACCUCUUAAAAAUAAAAAAGGCCUUUUUUCUUGACUUCACUCUUUCCCACAUAUUUUCAACCAAAGCCCCCCGACUUGUCAUCCUCAGUGAACCAAAGCACAAAAGAGAGGGAGUUCAACUUCUGCAUUGACUGGUGAGGCUGUGACUGCAGAUGGGAUCUCUUGUCUUUGUAACUCCCUUCCUCACUUCACACACAGUCUCUGUCUUUGCUUUUAUUCUUUCCCGGUUUGAUAUUGCAAGGGCAGCAUUGAACGACGAUGGCAGAUGAUGCCAGCAGUGUGCCGGUGACUGGUAGUUGUGUGUGUGUGCGUGCACAUGUCCUAAUCUGAGCACAAAGACAUUCUGUAGCAGACUGAAAUAUGCAAAACUGAUGGGAACCCAUGGGUGAUGGUAAUUGAGAGAAAGAGGACACGCAGCAUGCUGCUGCUCAGAAUCUAGCCACAGCCCCGUGCCUACUGGUCUACAGCACUUGAGCCUUUUGGGGGGCGUUGAGAAGCGUGUGUGUAGCCUGCUUCUGAAGGGACAAGAAAGGGCCCUGAUACUGCUGAGUUAACAGCACAGGCAGAAGAGGGGUGGGCGGUGGUGCUGCUGAAUUGUCCUCCCCUAGCGCUUUCUCUUCACCCCUCCAGCCUCUUUAUCAUUUAGUGGGGUAGGUUUCUCGCUGAGUUGAAAACAGUCCUUGUAGGCUUCCCUACUGCUUCCACCCUUGUGGAAUUCAAGCAAAGAUCAGUCGCUGUCUUGUCACACGUUGUGUGGGAGAAUUACACUAGUUUAACUAAAUCUGUUUAGAAAGGUUUUGUUAAACUUAUGUAAUGUUUUGGAUGGAUGUGCUUUAGUGUAAGGCUAAUCUUUUUAGCUUAAACCAGUUCCUUCCCAACAAACUAAAUCAAUGUAAGGUUUAAACCAGAAGUGCCUCCUGAGAGGACUGUGUGGAUUUAAUUUAUUGGCUUCUAGAUGCGUUGAAGGAAUUUCUUAGGUAGACCCCCGUCCUGUUUUCCUUUCCUCGCCAUCUUCCUGUUACUGUUGUAAAUAGUAUUUAUUAGCUUUGCAAAAUUUUGUUCAGGCAGUCGCAACGAAGAGAACUGAGCUUCCCUAACCCUGCAAAUGGUCUGGGCAAACUCUGAAAUCGGACAUUCAAAUACCGCUGAACACCCAUUCCCUCCCCCAGAAUUUGAACUGACCUAAAAUAAAGCCAUGUAUCUUAUCUUCCUCUUACCUCCUUUUCCAGAGAUGUGAUCUUAGACCAACUGCUUAGCCAAAAAGAUAGGGUUAUAGGUAGCCCCAGCUAGGCACAGUUCAGGCACGGAGGUGGUAGAUACUGUAUUAACUGCAUGGCAAGACAGCCUCUGACCUGAGGAGUUAAGUAUGUAGGCAGGAGACAAGGCAAAAGAGGGAUGAGAUGGGCACAUAGGGAGGUGAAAUGACUGGCCCAAGUUCAGUGGAAAAACCAAGAGCAGUAUUCAAGUCUGAUCCUGGUCCAGUACUCUUCUCUCUGCUUUGUUUCCUCCUUGUCCCACGUAGCUGUUGCCUUUAAAGGUUCUCCCUCUCUCAGUACUCUGGUUGUGCCUUGACCCGAGCUAUGCUUCUUGCAAUUUGUCCUUGCAGUGGCACAGUUGAACCUGCCCCAGGAUUUGAGCAGGGUUUUAUCUGGUUACUACAGAAGGGUUCUCAGACUCCAUUGAGGAUGGAUUUAAUGUGAAAAUCCUAAUUCAGCAGGCUAGCAUAGCUACUUUACAGUUUACCAGAAGUCGUCAAUUUAAAAAAAAAUUAAAGAAUUUUGAAGCUCUUUUUUCUUUUAUUUUUUUCCUAAUGAUAAAUAAGGGGAAAACUAACCUAGCCUUACAAGUAAUUUUCUACCAUGUACAGUAGAUAUUUCCUGCAAGUAUUCUAUUUUGUAAAAUAUUGGAUUUGUAUUUUAUUACAGCACCUGCCACACCAGCUUCUUUCUUGUUCUUCAUUCUCCUUAGACUUUCUCCCUUCGGUAUCCUGUUUGCCACCCUCGGGCCUGACACAAAACUCAGUGAAAUGAAUGGAAAGAAUUUGGUGAAUUACAGGGGGUUGUGGAUCAGUCCCCACUGUGCCAUUUUAAGGUGUGUCACAUUAGUGACGGUGAAACAUGUGCCUGACUCCAUGAGCUAGUAAUGAGUUUUGGUGUACAGAUGUGCUUUCUGGGUAAUGCCCUAGUCUUCUAUGCAAGUGCCUUUUAUUAUUUUACCUUGGGUGGCAAUGAGAGGAGUCAUGCUGUUGUAGUCUUUUGCAAGCGUUCCCUUCUUGGCAUGGGUCAGUCUCCUCCCUAAAGUCUCUUUCCCUUCACAGGGGUCCUGCUGGGUCCUCUGAGUCAUUCCAGUAUCCCAUAACAACUUUUCUAUGAUUUUUUUUUUUUUUUAAUGAUUUAAGGCUUCACAUAAAUAAUGAACACUGGUGGGUGCCACAAGGGAUGGCUGCAUUGCUUAGCCACAUGAGGUCAGCAAAGUGACACGAGAGAGCUGGGACUGACCCACUGCUGUAUGGCUGGUCAGUGUAAGUGGGCAAGGUCAUAGCUUGGAAAAUUCCUUAAAUGGUCUGGUUUUUUUUCAGAGCACCUCUGAGGGCAAUUGAAUGGUUAAGUCUUCUGCAAAAGAGGCCCGAAGCUGUCGAGCACAACACUGCUUAGUUAGUCCUGUAGUUUGCACUGUGCGUAAGUAGGAGGCCGCUCUGCCUGAGCUCGUGCCCAUUACCAGUUAAAUGGAUCACCUCCCACUGCAGAUACAGCUGACUUCACUGUAUGAAACCCAAAAUUGAAUCAUUUCUUAAUAGUUAAAGGACAGAUGAUUUAGCAAAACCUAAACACCCCCCCCCCUCCAAAACCUACUGCACUUGUCACCAUUAAAGCUUUGCUCUUUUGUUUUGCUUAAUUUGAGCAUGGCAGUUCAAAUCUGAUUGGGAGAUAGUCAUGUUUUCAUCUGGAGCAUUUUAAAUUGGCCACAGUCUGGGUCAGGCCUCUGAACUAAAUCAUCCAAGCCAGUGUGGCCAUACCAAUUUUCUUGGAACUGUUUGAUCAUCUGUUUCUAUAAUCUCAAUUUGUGUAAUCCUUUAAGUUAUUUUUAGGUACUCUUUUGGGGAAUCUCUUGAUCUAGCACACACAUUGCUUGGGGUUUUAUUAUAUUAAAUAUUACUUCUUUAUAAUAAGGAAAACCUUUGCUUUACUUUGGUAUGUUUGUGAUCAUUUUUCUUCAGGGGCCUUAAUAGAACAGAUUUCUCUGCUAGAUAUUAGGGGCCAAAGAAUCUCCUGUCAUCACCUACCCACAGGCUGUUACAUGACAAGGACCUCGCUGUCUCCUGAGGCGGUUUAUGCCGGUGUCACGUACCUAGCAGGGGGGCAGAGGAGGCACCCCAACCUCAGCAGUCCCGGGGUGACCCAGCCGUGAUGCGCUGCAGACCAUGCGGAGAGGCAGCUGUAUGUGCUCUGUGUUAAGGGCGCAGGGAAGGAGUAGUAAGGUGUAUUUGGGAAGGAUGCCAGUGUAAGUGCUUUUAAUUAGCUCAGCUAUAUUAUUUGAGGUCUUAGCCUUCUGCCAGUAUACUUUUUCCAGUGAUCAGUGACUCGGUGCUGUAGAAUAAUGUGCGGGUAUGGACAGGGUAGGCAAAGGCCUUAUGUGCUACUUAAUUUCCAUUUCCACUAGAGGACUUAAGCGAUCCUUGGAGUCUUCAGCUGUAACAUUAUGCUGCUUGUCAGCAUGAUUUUAUACACACUAGUAAACUUACCAUUUGGCCCAUAACUUUAAAGCAUGUCUAGAUCUGUCGGGUCUUUGCUUCUAGGGGGAUAAGCUACAAAGGAACGUAGGGCAUUAUUUUUUUUUAUAUAUAUAUAUAUAUAUUUAAAAAGUAUCAAGCAUAGGGCAUGUGACAGUUCUAACCUUGUUACCAGUGUGUAGAUAAUGUUGGGGUUUUUUUUCCCCAGGCUAUUUAUAGUUCUUUGCUGCAUUUCCCUUAUUUCAUGUGUACCAUUCAAUAUUUUUCAGCAGCACAGACUAAUAAUGGAUUAGGCUGAGGUUCUUAGGCCAGAUCCCAGCUGAUGCAACGCAGCACGCUUCUCACUUACCGCUUUUGGAGGUUGCAGGUCUGAUUUAUACUGGCAGGGGACCUCUCCUAUCUCUGUGUAACAGUGUAUCUCAAUGUAUUCUUGAUUUUUCUAAUAUAGACCUGAAAAUGAAUCUGAAAAAAAUUUUUUUUCCCCUGCUAAAGAAACCAACCCACCUCUCCACUCCCAUCCCCCCAAACUAUCAGUGGUGAAUUCUGUCUAGACGCAUUUAGAAUGUAGGUCAAGUAAAUGAAUGAUACUAAUUGCUACGUUGGGAGGGAUUUCCACUGAGUAUUUGGGCUCUAGAUUCUAGCUAAUGCCAAGAGGCCGUUGUACAAACCCCACGCAGCUAAGAACAGAAGUAUACGGAGUAUUUUUAUACUCUUGGUGACUAAAAUAUUUCUUUCUCAAGUCAUUAAUUAGAAAGGGAACAUUUUGUAUGCUGAAGGUGAAAUGGUAGGUCAGUACUUUGUAACUACAAAAGUUAUACUAGCCUAUAUAAGUAGUGUAGUGCUAUGAUGUGUUGCUGCUUUGCACAGUAGUGUUAAGGAUAAACAGCUUUGGGGGUUGCAAAGAUGACUGAGCUGGCUUUCGUGUUAAGGUCUUUACAAAUAAGGUGUAAGGAUUCAAUCAAUGGGCCGGGAUAUUGUAGCUUUCUCAUGGCCAAUAAAAUGACAGUGGGCGUUCAGGGAUAUGUUGAGGGUGUGAUCCCGGUUCAUACCGCAUUGCUUAGGUGAUCAGCAUCCAUUGGAGACUCCAGGAUUGAGAGGGAAAUUGCCAUUUGUUUUUGUGGUUUUCAUGUCAGGCCUCUUUCUGCUUUGCCAAGGUAGAUACAUGAAUUGAGUUCCUAUGUAGAAAAGAGUGCAUCUCACAGGAAACUCUCAUUUGUGAUGCUGAAAUGGAGUUCGGGUAUUCUUUAUUACCAGUAGUCUCUUCUCUGCCCUAAAGCCCAUCUCCAUACUCUUCUUCCAAGAGUUGGAACUGAACAGGUGAGAACUAAACACAGGAAACCUGGAUUUGUAGACUUGUCUUACAGAAAAGAUGAAAGAAAUGGCAGGUGAAGGAACUCCUGUGACAUCACAGGUCUAGUGCUUGAUUCCAUAAAUCAGCAAUGACAGUCUUUUUCAUUGGUUCCCCUCGUGUUUUAGCUUUACUCUUCCCCUUGCUCUUUAAUAUUGCGUAGUCCUGUUUAUGCAUAUCUGACCUUUAUGGUACAUGCCACUUUCCCUUCCGACCAGCAGAUAAAAAUCUUUUUGAACUUUAGCAGCCUGUAAUUAAGGGAGUGAAAGGGAGAGAGUGGGAAGCAGAGGCAGGUAAUCAAUUUCUUUCAACAGAACUUUGCUCGUAUCUGACUUUGCCAUAUCAGAUUUUAAUUCAAUGGUGCUGAUGUAACGGCAUCUUGCUUUCUUCAUUUGUACAGUUAGCAAGAACGAGUGCAAGCAUGUGUGUAUCUGUGCGUGUGUGCAUGGUGAGCAAUUAACCCCAAAAUCGCAGAGUUGUUUUUCUCAUGUAGUAAGCAUCACUAAAUAAAGGCAUCUACCUGAACACACAGUGCACAUUCCACUUGGUGCAACUGAAAGUCCAGGCGUUUCUCUCUGAAACCUGUUCACAUUCCACAUCACCGAGCACUCGUAAAUCUGUCAUGUGAAUUGCUGUCUGAAGUCUGUCCUAUUAGCAAUUGUCGACUGAAAGUUGUUGCACUGUGUCAUUUUGUGGGUAUGCAUAGGCUGCCUGGCCUUUCUGUAGGACAGCUCUGGCUUGGUACAAAAAAAAUAGUUAUUGGGCUUUAUUGUAUCUUCUGGUGUCAUUUUUGUUCUGCAGAAUUAUGGCUUUGAAUGCUUUUUUUUUUAAUGGUGUAAGUUAGCCUUAAAAAGUGGCCCCCAGGAGCUGGCAGCUCAAGGAACACAAUUUGUUGAGCUGGACUUCUGUGAGAGGACCUUAAAGAUCCCCCCUUCCCCUGGAGCACUACUUCCCUCGCUGCCCCACGGCCGCAGUAAGAUGCCAGUGAGGGGAAGCAGUUUGCUCUCAGAGGCUGCGUACAUCAUCACAGCUUCCCUGAGAUUCACAGGGCCUUCCAAGGAUAAAUUGCCUGGUGUUACCCUCUGGAAGAGAAAUACGUAUCCAGGGCCAAAGCCAUUGCCUGGGGCCAUGCAAAACAAUACCGUGUGACUCUGAGUCGCUCUGCAUGUGACACCCCUAUGGCAUUUCAGCUGAUCUUUCCCUCUGUGCAUGCGGAUACAGUAUGGGUCUGCGCAAACUCUUACAACUAUCUAAGAUGAAAAGGACAGUGAUACUAGUGCAAAAGCACACCCCCCCUAAACUCCUUGGCGAACUGCAUUGGAGCCUCUUCUGACUGCAGAUAUCUCUGUUCUUUUGCCAUAAGUCUGUUUAACUUUGUGUAUGUAUGUUCAAUGGCCUCUAUUUUUGUACAAGUGCUGUCAUCUGGAUAUGGUCCCACCUGAUUGUAUACACUGCAAACAUGUCCAUUGGGUGGGAAGAAAUUGCUGUUUUUCCUUUUAAAAUUGUCUGCUUGAUUCUAUGAGAGAACAGACUACCUGCUUUUGUAGCCCAAACAUGUAUGUAGCUAAGUAUGUUAUGCUUUUCAUUUCUUGCAAAUAAAUAUUUUCUGUAGAAAAAGCAA